AUGAAGAUUACCAAAUUACCAAAUUUCUCACGUAACCGAAAAAUUCACAACCCAUUCAAAAAGAGAAAUUCAUCAAGCAAAUCAACAUCACAUUCUCACAGUGUUCAUCAACAAAAUGUUAUAAGUGCUUUAGGAGGAAUUCCUCAUGAUUUUGAUUAUGAUUUUCAAUCAGCCACAACUGAAACUCCAACAGCUUAUUCAUCAAGGAGAAGUUCGAUUUAUAGUAUAUCUUCAACGGAUUUAAGAAUAGAUCCUGAUCAAAUAUAUAAUAUGGGAAGGACCUUUCGUUAA